UUCCGAAGGUCUAUGAAGCUAGGCAGUGUGUGCAUAAUUUGAAGAUAUUGAUUAAUAAUAGUCAAUUUUAUGGUUUCAAAGCUUACUUAGAGGCUAUAGCUAGAGUGUAUAUGCUAGUAAUGCUGGGCGUCCUUGGAGCCUACCUAGUGUUUUGCAAGGAAGUCUAGUGUGCGCCACAUUUGCCAAGCAAUUGACACGUGAGAAGUUAUAAUUUAUGUGUGUGGUUUCAGUCGGGCACACUGUGAUAAUUCCGUUCCAUAUUUUUUUUUUUUAUAAAUUUAGUCCAAAUGUUUGAUUGGGUGGCUUGAGGGAUCCGAGUCCACACUAAGCAUAGCUUGUUGUGCCUGUCUCUGAACAGUGAACCCACCACCCGAUCACGCAAUUCCAGUGCUAUGGCAGAAUUUCGUCUGAAAGUUUAACGUGCCCGGUAGACUGGACACGGUCCCCUCCGCCCACUCAUGCUCUCUGGUCUUCGUGCGGCCCCUGCCACAUACAUGCACGCCAUUACACGUAGGGGCCAAAUGUUACCGCUCACACCUGCACUGGGGCUUGAACCGGGCUCUCACCACCAGUUCCAGCGUUGAACUCUGGCGCUUUAGACCACUCAGCUAGGAAUGGGACUGGCCUUCUGGUUUUAUAGAAACGUUCCUUUAUUUGAAACAUUCCUAAAUAUAGAAACACUAGGUAGGUACUGUUCCAAAACUGGAAAUGCUCAGAAACGCCAAUCUUUCUGGGUGAUUUAUUUCAAAGCAAGAUGUGUUAUAACUGUCUAGAUGGUGGACUGCCAUCUAUUUAUAUUGGCAUCAAGGAAGCACUGCAGAUGGAAAUGCGGUGUCAAUUUUUCCAAAACUUAAAAUAACAGGCGAGCACGCACCUUCCGUUUCCACAUACAGAAACCCUAUUCCAUAUUUGGAACAAUGAUCACCUCAGCGUUUCUAUCUAUGGAACAUUGUUUCUAUAUACUGAAACGUUUCUACAUAUAGUAUAUGGCACGGAAUAACCACAGUGUGCUCAACUGGUUUGGUAUCUGGAGCAAGGCCUCUGGAGCUUGUAAUUUUUGUUUCAUAUUAACUAUGAUGUUGGUUGCUUCUAACUUAGUAUUUUUGUGGAAUUUCUCUCCACCCAGAAUAUCAGUUUGGUUGUUGGUACCCCUGAUAUUCUAGUUGGAAAUCAGCAUUGGUUCAAUUUUGGUUUUACCUAAGAUUUUCAUCCCACCAACUUGUUUGAGAAACUCCACCCAUGGGUGACACCGAAGCCUGUCAGUUGGGCAAACUGCAGGGAAGCAGUCCAAACAUGGAUUGAUCAAAAUUAAGAUAUGACAUCACAAAAAUGGGUGGAGCAAUGCCCAUAUAAGGAGAUGUAAUUUAUAUUAAUAUUACAAUUCUGACUUGCUCCCUUUCAAACCCCUCGUCACCAGUCAAAGUCCCCAUGAUGGUGAGAUAUUCACUGUGGUUAAAAGGAGUGAACAGCUCUAUCUAAAUGAUGCAUCUGAUGAUGAUGUGUUGUGGCUUUUGCAUGCUAUUUCUGAAGAUAGGAGAGGACAUCUCUGAAAAUUGGAUUUCAACUGUCAAAAUAAUCUAAAUUAAAAUUCAGCAUAAUCUAUUUUAAUAUUAGCCACCUGACAACGUCAUCUAAAGCAGGUUACCCACUUGUUUCUGUCCUGGAAUCAGGUGCAGAUAAUCUAAAUUUUGAUUAUUUAAUUUAUCUUGUAGGUGGAAUUAAAAUAUCUUCAAAGGUUCUUUUUUGCUUAUGAGAUGUAGCCUGAAUUAUUUUCUCUAGUAUCUGAAGCUGUGGUAAGCUUGUCGUUUUCCAGAGCCGUGAUUUAACCAUUCCAGUGAGGGUCUGCAAGCAUGCCCAAAUAUGGGCACAAAUUGUGAUGUAAUAAUCUAAGUUAAGAUCAAUCCAUUUUAGAUUUUUUCCCCUGCAGUUUGCCUGACUGCUGUGUGUGAGGCUGUAGCCCACUCUAGGCAGAGCACCACAACAUAUUUGUGCACAGGUUUUAUGAAUAUAAAUGACCUAUAGAGUCAUUCACUGGGUAAAUCUUGUGUCAUGGGAUCAUUCAAGCGGCCGGCCCAGGCGACAGCGGCGAAGAAGGCGAAGAAGUCCAGACGCUACGAAAACUUCGAGGGAUAUCAAGACUACCUCCCGCCGGAACCAGAGGAGGACAUGCAAGUUCACAGGAAUCGGCUAAGGCAAGAGGGACUAACCGAGGAAGAGCGGGAAGCGCUGCGAGACUUGACAUUCGCGGACCGCCGUCGACACGCCGUGGCUCUCUCGACGCCAAUGAAGAAGUUCCUGCACAUGUACCCCAUGAUGAAGAAUCACCAAGAGAUCUGGUACGAGCUGGAGAGGAUCAGCGGCGGACAGGGUUCCCGUCUUCAGGAAUACCGGAAGCGAUUGUGCGACUUCCUCACCGCUGUGCAGAUGCACACUGAGUGCGAAGAUGAUGACAAGGUGGAUUCGCUACUGGAAUAUCUCCUGGUGGACCCAGAGGAGAUAUUCGGGUCCGCUGGCAGCCAAACGAUGCCGCACUUCGAGGAGAGCCCGAAUGGUUCUCUGACACUGGUUGUCGAGGGCCAGCGGGUGGUCGAGGACGUGGAAAUGACGCGCAGCGAUGCCCUUCUGCUGUGGGCGGCGUCCUUCCCAGUGUAUAACCAAAAGCCGCCCACAAAAACCGCAAAAAAAUGCACUCGCAUUCCUGUCUGAGCAGGUUUUUGAGAAGGCCCGGGGCAGCGUGGUGGUUGGAAACCGCGCCCUGAAGCGUAUUCAGCAGAUCAAACAACUGACUGAAUAAGCCCCUCACACACACACACACGACAUCCUUUGAUACAGUGCGUCUCAGAAUGUUUACGUCGUCCGUGUUGUUUUGAAUGUUUACGUGACGAUGUUGUUCAGUUCCUGUUAUAACUGAAACUGUUCCAGUUUCAGUUCAGUUCCUGUGUCGUUUUUUUUUCUCAAAAUGACACAGUUCCUGUCGUCUGUGUCGUUUUUAAUGUUUACGUGACGAUGUUGUUCAGUUCCUGGUGGACACCUGUCCUGGCAAGGCGGCGUUCGUUUGUAUUUGCAGCUCAGAAUGUGUGCUAUAGUCAUUCGCUCCAGGCAUCCAAGUCGGUUGUUCGUUUGAUGCAUGGCGUCUCAGAUUCGUUUGUGACAUGGCGGCUCAGAUUGUGACGCGAACAUGUUUUGAAUAGAUAUUUAUUCACAAUCGAUGGCAACACAAAUCGAAUUCCUAAAUCCAGACGUUUCGACAGCAGUGUGCCUUCGUCAGUGGCUAAAUUAAAAAUAUAUAUAAUAUCAAAAACAAUCGCUAUAAGUCUUGUGUCUUGUAUAAUCUUGUAUGUGUAUCUUGUAUCUUGUAUGUCUUGUGUGUGAACGACUUAUAGCGAUUGUUUUUGAUAUUAUAUAUAUUUUUAAUUUAGCCACUGACGAAGGCACACUGCUGUCGAAACGUUUGGAUUUAGGAAUUCGAUUUGUGUUGCCAUCGAUUGUGAAUAAAUAUCUAUAUGUCUGAUAAUUUACAUGUUUUGAAUAAAAUGUCGACAAGUUUCGAAA